CCUACCUGUUUCAAUUCAAACUUCUAUUUUUCUCAAAGUUUGCAGUAUGUAUAAAUGUCGGACUGUGUAAAAUGGAAUAUAUAUUUCUAACAAUGAUUCUUCUAGUUUAUGUAGCUGAUGAUGUGAAGGGAUAUCAACAUGCCAGAAUAUCUAAACGGUCUGGAAAACCUCCUCAGGACAAAUGCGGAACGCUUUCUGUGGAAAAUGGUGAUGUCGAUCAGACAGGAGGCACUGCAAGUGUUACGUGCAAUAAUGGAUAUAAAUUACAAAUACCGACUGACAUGUUCAUAUGUACACAUGUAAAAGGACAUAUUUAUGAAUGGAAUCCAACACCAGCAUGUAUAGCUGAAGUAUCAACAGCAACCGAAUCAACAGUAUCGUUAUCAAAUACUACAAUAGAUGUAACAAUGCGGACGACUGCUGAAGUAUCAACAGCAACCGAAUCAACAGUAUCGUUAUCAAAUACUACAGUAGAUGUAACAAUGCGGACGACUGCUGAAGUAUCAACAGCAACCGAAUCAACAGUAUCGUUAUCAAAUACUACAGUAGAGUAA